CUACCUCAAUUAGUUCAGAUGCUGAAUCUUUAUGAUAGAAUGUUUAAUCAUCAUUUUAAUCAUGUAUUGGGCAUUCUUAUUUGAUUUUCAGUUUACAUUCAUUCUGAAGAGACUUAGUCUUAACUUGUAUGUUUAUCUAUUCUUAAGUUUACUAUUUUAUUAUUCUGAUAAUGAUGGUAACUUCUUUGAUAUAUUGAAAUAUUGUAGCUUUUGUAUUCACUGGGGGAUUAUUUUGUUCAAGCAUCAUCUUUCCGAGGAACUAAAUUUUUUCUGGUUCAUAUGUACCUUAGGGUCAGGAUCAAUAUCCUGUUCUUUGUGAGUAACUAGGGAACAUUUUCUUAAUCUGCAGUUUCUUUAGAAAUUGAUUUACUUGUUCUCUAGUAUUUACAUAAUUGGUUUUAUUUAUAAGAGUUAUUAAUAUGUGACUUCUUGAAUUCUUUCAUGAGAGAUGACUUCAAAAUAUUGGUUAGCUUCUUCUGGCCAUUCUUAUCAAUCUGUUGUAGCUAUAGCUAUAGUUAGAGAGUCCCAGAGUAAGCUGACUUCUGUUAGGUCAACUAUUCAAUUAGUCACCCUUAGAUAGAUCUUCUAUUGAAUCUGAUACAAAUCUGAUGAUCAGUUGAGUUAGGUUCAUGGUAACAAAUAUGUAAUCAUUAUUAGCACAUUUAGCGCUAAGUUGUAGCAUUGCUCAAUUAAAUCUGCCUGAUUGUUCCACCUUGGAUAUGCUUCCCUAUAAAUCUGUUGUCCACUGUCGGAUCAAUUUAGGAUAAACGUCUUGCUACAAUAAAUUUUCCCCUUUCUUGUUAAUGACUCUUAUAUGUAGGUUAGGUUAUCAGGUCUAUUUUUUUUUGCAUGUUGAGAAUUGGCUACGAAAUUUUUACUGAUUGUUCACUUUGGAUAUGCUCUAUUUAAAUCUGUUGUCCAUCGAUAGAACAAUUUGUACUACUCGUGCCAUUCGACAUUUUUGUAGUAGAAUUUAUCUGAAUUAUGAAAUUUAGCAAAGGGUUAUAAUAGACCUUAACUAAGUAUGUUGGUACCAUAUGAGAUAUAUCGGGCAUUAAUUCAUCUCCAUUUACAUGACUCAUAAUUUGCGGUUAGGUAUGAUCGAUCGAGUCAGCUGUAAGUGUGAGUAAGUUAGUCGUCGUAUAGGUUAUAUUGAGUUUGUAUUCGAAUAUUGUUGUUAGGGUGUUCUUGUUGACUAUAAUUUGGGGUUUUAUUUAAAUCUACUAAAUCAACUUGAACACAAUUUGGUCUUUUUGGGUAUAUGUCACAGAGGACUGGUACUAUGAGUUUGGACGGUGUCCAACGAUAGGUUAGUUUAUAGUAGUGUAGUAUUCAUAGGUUCUUGAUAUAUUUUAGAUAUUUGUUUUCUUCACGGCUGUGUUGGAUCCCACAGCGUGUGAUUUUUCUCUGUGGAUAUUUGUAUGGAGUAUCUAUAUGGGUAUAUAUAUGUGUGUAUAUAUAUGUAUAUAUAUGUAUGUGUGUGUGUAUAUAUAUAUAUAUAUAUGUGUAUAUAAUAAAAAAAAAUUGUUCAUAAGAUCAAUUUUUUUUUCUUACAAGUAAUGGGGGAAUGUAACGAUGAGUGAUACUCAUCGUCACUUUAUAAUAUGCAUUUCAAAAUAUUUAUUAGGAAAAGCAACUCCCAAUAAGUAUACAACCAAAUAUACUUCAGCGUGUAGUAGGUAUUGCCUAGAUUUUUACUAUUUGGAUGAUGUUUGUAACUUUUGGGGAAAUUCAAGUUUUAUAAGUUGGUUCGCCUGGCGAUGCCGGCAUCCGGCUGGCGUGUUGGUCAUUUCGGCAACCGCAGUGGUCCGGCACUUAGUUUUCGGCUUUUGAUAAGGCAACAGUUCAAUCUCCGCCGGUGGCCAUUGCAUAAGAAAUAGAAAUUUGGUUGACAUAUUAAUUUAUAAGAAGAGUAAUUUACGUUGGAGGAAGUUUUGUUUUGGUUUUGUAGUGUGGAGUGUUUCAAGAGAAGAGUUUUUAUUUUUCAACUCCGUUUUUGGAAAGCAAUGGCCACUGGUGGAGAAGGAGAAGUAGAAGAUUAAGUCAAGUCACAGCUUUUGUUUUUUUUGGAAAUGGAAUAAAAUAAUUUUGGGAAAUUUUGGGCGAUUUUGUUACUUUUAUGGAAUAUAUGUUGAUUUGCCAGUCAUAGAAGCGUACCUCCUUGUGGAUGACAGUACCCCCCCAGGUUUGGGGAAGAUUGGAGGAUAACUUGGAUCUCCAACCAUUCAUCUAGCAGGAUUUUGGAGAAGAAACCAGCUCUCACUUGUAGAAGCAACAGGUUUUAUAGUAAAAUUUACGUUUUCAAUUUUUGUUCAAUAAUAUCUUUCAACUUUAAUAGUUUUAAUAACUUUGAAAUAAAUAACUUUAAUAAUAAUAUAAACUCACUUUGCUAAAAUUUAAUAACUGUCUAAUAUUUAAUAUUUUUCAACAAAUUUUACCUUUCACCGCUCACAUCAUUCAUUUAAAAUAAUCUGAAGGUUAUAAAUCAUCGUGUAAAGGUGUUGUAUACAAUAUCUAGGUGUUUAUUCCCUUAUUUCAUAACCUUUAUUUCAGUUAUUAGAUAUUGUACUCAGGUUUAUCACUUUAGGUCAGAUACGGAAUUGUCAGCCAAUAUUGUGAUCAAUAUCAAUAUAAUAUUUUUGUUUAGGUAAAUAACUUGUAAUUUCAAAUAACUGUCUUGGUAUAAUUAAUUAAAUUUUUGUGUUUUAUUUUUUUUUUUGUAAAUCUCAGUGUCGACAGGAGCGUAUCCUUCUAGUACAACAGGUACUAGUUAGCUAGUGUAUAAAUUUGUAUAUAUAGGGGUUAUAGGUAUUUUUUUUUCAUUAAAUUGGUUGGUUGUACAUACUUAUAUGUUUUAUUAUCCUACCUUUUAAUAGUAUUAGUUAGGUACAGCAAUAUAGGUCACGUGGAGAGCAAUAUAUUCUAUUCUUUCCUGGCGCUCAACACUACUUCUGAAUAUCUUCUUGGUCAAUAGUUCUUUUCUUGUCAUUACUCCUUACAUUAAUUUAUUUUCUUUAUCAUUCAAGUAUUUCAGUAGGUACCGUCUUACUAGGGCAUGCAAAUACGGCCUGAUCCUUCCCUGAGCCCUACUGUUUAGUCUCUUCAAUUUCCAGCUAGCCUAUUUUGAGGAAACUUCCAUAAAUAAGUAAUUACCCUUUAAAGCAAUAUCUAUUCUGCCACAACACAACCUCGUUUCGUUACAAUUGGCGCCCAACGUGGGGCCCAGUUUUCAGUAAGACAGUACCUUUUAUUUUGUUGCUUAUUGUAAAUUUUUCUAGUAAGUAUCUUUCUGGUCCAUUGUUGUAUAUUUUGUAAGUAUAUAGAGAUAUUUUUGGUUUCUUUUUGUACGUUACUUGAAACAAUAAACUAGUGCACUUAUAUUGCUGUAUUGGUACUAUUUUAAUUUAUUUAAAAUAAUAAUUGUAAAUCUUGAGUAGGAUAAUAUUUGAAUAGGUAUAUUGGUUGACAUUUCGGUCUGGUCGGUUUGGUGAUACCUGGACAUUUAUUUUGAAAAAUUUUGAAUGAUUUAUUUUUUUUUUGAUAUCUAGGUACAUUACUACUUUUGAUUUAGGUGCAGCCGUAAUAUACUUUAGUUUUGCUAAGUUAUUGCACUCUAUACCUAUAUAUAACUUAUAAAGAUUUCAUUUUUUUUACAUAUACAUUUUCACUUAAAACAUUUAUUUAAAUUAUUUUAAAUAUCUACCCCAAAUAUAUAUCUCGGUUAUAUUUGGUUUGUCGGUUUAUUCGUUCAUUAGUUUAGCAGCUCGUUUAGUAGAUUGUCGGUUAAUUGGUCGUUAGUUUGUUGGAUCGGGUUCGGUUUGUCGUUGUUGGGUUGGGUUCGGUUUGUCGUUGUUGGGUUGGGUUUAUUGUUACUAAUUCUUUCCCUAUCACCAUGUGUACCUUUCAGCCAGAACAUUUGUUAGUUAGGGAGUUGGACUAUGAGCUGAGGAUAAGGGAAAUAGAGGUUGAAGAAGCCGCUAAAUGUGAUAGAAAACGCAGUCUAUUGCGUGGUGCUCUUAAACAGGAGCAAGGAAACAGGAGUUUCCGUCAAAUUUCAGCUGCAGCUAUUCCUUUCCUGGAACAACAACAGGGAAUAAAUGAGACCAUCGAGGAUCUUACUCAAAAGAUAUCCACUUUUAGAGGGACUGUCCAUGAUAGCAUGUAUUCUAGGUACAUUUCACGUCUUGCUCAUAUCUCUGGUCGUGUCCACUUACUAUGUUGCUCAGAUGAGGAGCAACAACUUUACAAACGCUCUAUGUCCAUUAAGAUUCUCAGUCUAGAAGGUGAACUCGAUUCUCGAGUAAAUCCUAUAGCCACGUCCACCCCUGUUUCUUCGGUUCAAGCCGCUAAUUCCUUAUUACAUCCCAAGCCUGUUCAGGUACAUAAAUGGGGAGUUUCGUUUUCUGGUGAAGGUCACUAUGACCAAGUUAUUUCAUUUUUGGAUAGGGUGGAAUGUCUUCGGAUUUCAAGAGGUGUGAGUGAGGAGGAUCUUUUUGCAGCUUCUGCUGAAUUAUUUACAGGCCAUGCUUUUACGUGGUUUAUGAACAACCGUGGUAGCUUUACCACUUGGACUGGUUUGGCUCAGAAACUAAAAUCCGAUUUUCUGCCUUAUUCUUUCCAAACUGAUCUCUUAGACGAAAUCAAGAACCGCAAGCAGAAACCGGGAGAAUCAGUGACUAUGUUUAUUAACACUAUGUUGGGUAUGUGUAGUCGUUUAGAUACUCCUUUAACAGAUAAUGCAAAAAUUAAGAUAAUUCUAAAAUGUUUGCUACCUUUUUACCAUGCCCAAUUGGCACUUGUUGAUAUAUCCACUAUCGAAGACCUGACAGAUAAGUGUAAACGGUUAGAAGAAACUCUAUCCUGGUCUUUUCAUCCUCCUACAACAUCUAAUCCUGGUGCUGGAUUUACCUCUCACUCCUCGAGAAAUCGUUCUUGGCAAUCUAGACCCCAUACACCGAAUGUGUCUGUGACUACUUCUUCUUUUUCUUGCUGGAAUUGUCGGGAAGCUAAUCACGCAUUUCGUGAUUGUACCAGACCCCAAACGCGGAUUUUUUGCCACGGUGUUGUAUACAAUAUCUAGGUGUUUAUUCCCUUAUUUCAUAACCUUUAUUUCAGUUAUUAGAUAUUGUACUCAGGUUUAUCACUUUAGGUCAGAUACGGAAUUGUCAGCCAAUAUUGUGAUCAAUAUCAAUAUAAUAUUUUUGUUUAGGUAAAUAACUUGUAAUUUCAAAUAACUGUCUUGGUAUAAUUAAUUAAAUUUUUGUGUUUUA